GACAGCAUAGAUCUUGUCCGAGUUUCAAGUCUGUACCAGGAGGAACGAAUUUGGUGAAUUUUUAAACCGGGGAUCUUUUUGAAUGUUACACUAGCCGUGAUUGGUGUAUCAGUGUAAGAAGAGUUGCUUACUAGAAUAGUAUGUCGUGGAGCUACGCUUCAGCUUUUUCUUAAUUGGUUUUAAUGUUGCUAAUUUUGCUGUUUUUUUUUUUGAAAAUUUGGAACUUAUAACUCUUGAUUAUGUAAAGCUGUUGAGGAAACAGUCCUGAUGUUUCCUGGAUUUUGAAUGAUGUUCUUUUGGGUAUGAUGGUAAUGGUGAAAAAGCGGGUACUAGGAAUCGUAAACGGAAUAAAUAGAAGAAUAAUGAAGCUUCUUGUUGCACUGGCACUGAUCGCGUACGUAGCAUCUGUUUGGGGAAACUACAUCAAUAUGAGGUCACUACAAGAAAAUGGUGAGAAGAAAAUAGAAAAGAGGAUUGAAGAAGCUGUUGCACCACUUCGAGAAAAAAUCAGAGAUUUGGAGAAAAGUUUUACACAGAAGUACCCUCCUGUGAAAUUCCUAUCUGAGAAGGAUCGAAAAAGAAUUCUAGUAACUGGAGGUGCAGGAUUUGUUGGGUCCCACCUUGCCGAUAAAUUGAUGAUGGAUGGCCAUGAAGUCACAGUGGUAGACAACUUUUUUACAGGCAGAAAAAGGAAUGUGGAACAUUGGAUUGGGCAUGAAAACUUUGAGCUCAUCAACCAUGAUGUUGUGGAACCCUUGUACAUUGAAGUUGACCAGAUUUAUCACUUGGCGUCACCUGCUUCUCCUCCAAACUACAUGUACAACCCCAUUAAGACAUUGAAGACUAAUACGAUAGGAACACUAAACAUGCUGGGACUAGCUAAACGUGUUGGAGCCCGGCUUCUUUUGGCCUCAACCUCUGAAGUUUACGGAGACCCUGAGGUCCAUCCACAAAAUGAAGAUUACUGGGGUCAUGUUAACCCUAUAGGACCAAGAGCCUGCUACGAUGAGGGGAAACGAGUGGCAGAAACCAUGUGCUAUGCUUAUAUGAAACAGGAGGGAGUCGAAGUGCGAGUUGCCAGAAUAUUCAAUACAUUUGGACCUCGAAUGCACAUGAAUGAUGGCAGAGUUGUUAGUAACUUUAUUUUGCAGGCUCUUCAGGGGGAACCCCUUACAGUUUAUGGCUCAGGGUCUCAGACAAGGGCUUUUCAGUAUGUCAGUGACCUUGUGAAUGGAUUGGAGUCAUUAAUGAACAGCAACAUCAGCAGUCCUGUUAACCUGGGCAAUCCGGAAGAGCAUACGAUUUUAGAAUUUGCAGAAUUAAUAAAGAAGCUUGUUGGCAGUUCAAGUGAAAUCCAGAAACUACCAGAAGCUCAAGAUGACCCUCAGAGACGAAAGCCUGAUAUCAGGAAGGCAAAAUUAUUACUAGGCUGGGAGCCAGUGGUCCCAUUGGAAGAAGGCUUAAAUAAAACAAUCGAUUAUUUCCGCAAAGAAUUGGAAUAUCAAGAGAAUAAUCAAUACAUCCCUAAACCAAAGCCUGCUAAAAUAAAGAAAGGUAGAAUUCGACACAACUGAGAUGAUUCAAACAAAGGAAACCAUGUUUCCCAUUUAGUGAAAAAUGGGAAAAUAAAAACAGACAUUGAACAGACACUUUGGACAGAAACUGGAAGUUUUUUUCCUAAAGCUUUGCUUUGAAAGUGGAUUGUGCCUAAAAGAACAUUUCCUAUUAUUGCCUUGCACUAUCUAUCUAUUUUUAGUGUAAAAUAGACUAGAGCGGUCAACUGAUCUUCAACUUCCGUUUUCUGGAGGUCAUUGUUUAGUAGCUGACUGUCAGCAGCAAUUGCUCCUUCUGGUUGUGUAAUGGAAUAUUGAAUGGAGAUGGAGGAAAAAUGCCAAUUUAUUUAUUUAAAAGUGGUACUGUCGAGUCCAUAACAUUCUAUGCAUAUAAAAGCAUACAGAAAGCUAACCAUAUCUUCUGAUGUGCAAAAUCCCUGACCUCCGUUGGUGCAUUUAAUAUUUUUGUUUUAGUCAUGAAGAAUUAUGUUUAUUGAAAAAAAUUAAGUUAUCAUGAAGUCAGGUUUUUAUGGUUCUGGUUGAAUUGUACAUUUGAAUUUGUAGGUUUAUCAUGGGUAAAAUUAUUUUGAAAUAUCACCGUUGUGAAUUUUCUGAAAAAGUACUUAUUGUAUUAUUGCUGCCAGUGUGAAUAUAUUUUAAUAAAAUAUUAAAAAGUGAA